AUGGGUUUCGCCUCGAAACUUGCUGCUGCACAGAGCCAGAACCCGAACCAGACACAGAAUCAAACCAUGGCAAAUACAGGCGGCUUCUACCAAGGAGCACCUCCCGCAGGAUACACUGGAGGUCCUCCGACUGCCCUGCGGCCUGGUGGAUCCCAACAGCCACAAGCGCAGUACCAGGCUUAUCCAGGAUCCCCUCCUCCCCAGGGAUCGUCCUACAAUACUCCCCCUCCGGGUGCUGCUCCCUACAAUAGGCCCCCUCCGCAGCAACCGCCUUACCCCGCAUCGUCUCAGCAGGGCUAUGCACGUCCUGCCCCGCCACCGCCGCAGGGUCAGCCCUACGGAUCUUCACAAUCGGCUUAUUCUGGACAACAGCCAUCUCAGUCCCCGUACCCGGGACAGCAGUCCCAGCCUCCAUACCCCGGGCAACAGGCCCCGUAUCCUGGACAGCAGGCUCCCUACCCCGGACAGCAGCCGCCUCAGUCCCCGUAUCCCGGACAGCAACCGCCCUAUGGCCAGGCGCCCUACCCGCCCCAGGGUCCUCAAUAUCCCGGCGGACAGGGACGUCCUGGACCUUCUCCAGGACCACCUGGUGGCCGGCCACCCCAGGCCGCCCCCGUCACUCCUCAGCAAGUCAACGCAUAUCGCCAGUUGUUGGUUAGCACUAUCCAAGAGAGGAACCUUCAGAGCUUCUACCCGCCGGAGAGACUGGAGCAACUCGUACAAUCCCUCGCCAAUGAUGCACCCGGGAAACUUGCCAGGCUGACCAAUGAAUGGUCUGUGCCCAUGGAGGUGGCCACCGAUGUGAUGAAGCUGGCCCUGUUUGACGUGAUUCUCUACGUGGACGACAGCGGGUCGAUCGAGUUUGAAGAAAAGGGACUUCGCAAGGAUCAACUGAGACAAAUUCUGGGCAUCGUGGCCACUGCCGCGUCGACUUUCGACCAGGAUGGUAUCUCGGUGCGAUUCAUGAACAACAUGGAGCGCGGUGAUGGAAUUCGUAGUGCGGCGGAUGUCGACAUGCUGGUCUCCCGCGUGCGGUUCGCAGGGUUGACUCCCCUGGGCACCGGCUUGAAAGACAAGGUCAUCGACCCCAUGGUCGUAGGCCCGGCUCGUGCCAACCGCCUCGACAAGCCCGUGUUGGUGAUCACUAUCACGGACGGACAGCCUGCCGGCGAGCCCCACGGUGCUUUGCGCGAUGUGAUUCAACACGCCGUAAACGAGGUCUCGCGAACUCGGUAUGGCCGCGGUGCUGUUUCCUUCCAGUUCACCCAGGUUGGCAAUGACCAGCGCGCGCGUGAAUUCCUGUCGGACUUGGACGAGGAUCCGCAGAUUGGACAGCUGAUUGACUGCACCUCGAACUUCGAGGUUGAGCAGGAUGAGAUGUCCCGGGCUGAGCCACCAGUGUAUUUGACACGCGAGCUUUGGUGCGCGAAGCUCAUGCUCGGCGCCAUCGAUUCGUCUUACGAUACCAAGGACGAGAAGGCAGCCGGACGGUCCAGUGGACCACCACCUCCGCCGGGUGGCUACGGUGGAUAUGGUCAAGCACCGCCGGGUCAAGGCCCGCCUGGAGGAUAUAACGCACCGCCAUCUGGAUACGCCCCACAGCCCGGCUACCAGGCCCAAGCCCCUCAGCAACCGCCCUACCAAGGCAGUAGCCGCGGCCCUGAAUAUGGCCAGGCACCGUAUGGAUAUGGCGCACCCUCGCCACAACCACCCGCCGGUGGACCAGGCUAUCCGCCCUAUGGAGGCCAUGGACAGGCGCCACCACGUCGCUACUAG